UUCCUCCCCACCCUUUCCAUAGACCCUGAAGUGGGUGCACGCCCCUCAGCAUACUCGCUGUGCUCUUCACCAUGGCUUACAUUGCCAAGUCCUUCUACGACCUCAGUGCCGUCAGCCUGGAUGGGGAGAAGGUAGAUUUCAACACAUUCCGAGGCAGGGUAGUGCUGAUUGAGAAUGUAGCCUCCCUGUGAGGCACGACCACCCGGGACUUCACCCAGCUCAAUGAGUUGCAGUGCCGCUUCCCCAGGCGCCUGGUCGUUCUUGGCUUCCCUUGCAACCAAUUUGGACAUCAGGAGAACUGUCAAAAUGAGGAGAUCCUAAACAGUCUCAAAUAUGUCCGCCCCGGGAGUGGAUUCCAGCCUACCUUUACUCUUGUCCAGAAGUGUGAGGUGAAUGGGCAAAACGAGCACCCUGUCUUCGCCUACCUGAAGGACAAGCUCCCCUACCCUUACGACGACCCAUUUUCCCUCAUGACGGACCCCAAGCUCAUCAUGUGGAGUCCAGUACGGCGUUCAGACGUGUCCUGGAACUUUGAGAAGUUCCUCAUAGGACCAGAGGGGGAGCCCUUCCGACGCUACAGCCGCUCUUUUCAGACCAUCAACAUUGAGCCUGACAUCAAGCGACUCCUCAAAGUUGCCAUAUAGAUGUGAGCUGCUCGACUCCUACUCAGUCCAGUCCCUAAGUGUUCUUUUUAGGAUUCAAUGUGCCCUCAGGGCACUACUGGAUCAAAUUUUCCCUCCAUCUCACCCCGUUUACCUAAGAGACUUGCAAUUCCCAUCUCCCAUUUCCUUUUCCACUCUCAACCCUCUGGUCGGUGAAUCAACUUGGGGCUCUACAACAGGUGGGCUCUGGGCCUUCACAGAAUGAUGGCACCUUCCUAAACCCUUCUGGAUGGUAUCUGAGAAGUGUGAAUGGCCCGAAGCCAGCCUGCUAGAUGAGUCCAAUAAAGUGCAGCUGUGGAGUACCUAG